AGCACAGUGUUCAAUUUGCAAUUUUUAAGGGCAUUUUGGCGCCUUUUCGGUUUUCAUGCUACCCAACUUUCACUCAGGAGAUACCACACUUGAGUAUACAGUGUUCAAUACGUAGGGCAAAACCUAAUUUGAAAGUUUCAUUAUAGUGUAAACCUGGUACACGGUUCAUGGCCAAGAAGUAAACGCUAUCAAGUAAACGCUUGAAACUAUCGAUAUCCCGCGCUCCGUUCACAAGUACCCCCUCACCGGCCGGUAAAGUAAACAAUAUGGCCUACCGCGAAAAGAAGACAACGCAGCGGUCAGCACGAGCUAGAAAACAUUGUUCAAUGGUUGGGUGUUCCCAUAAUCGAGAGAAUUGUCCAAGCGAUGGGUUCUUCUGUUUCCCGAAGAAGUCGGAGAAGCGACUCCAGUUGUGGAUAACUUUGUCGGGACGGUCUGAUAAGCGCAGGAAUGAUGGUUCGCUGUGGAAACCAAACAGAUACUCCAGACUCUGUGCCUGCCACUUCGAAGAUGGGAAGAAGCAUAACGAGCCAACACUGAAGACUGCGGCCGACUAUUCUGAGCUGAUAGCUGAACACAAGAGGGACGCCAGUGCACCAUGUCCGUUGGCAUCGGCAGAUCACAAUUACUCCAGGAGCUGUCAGCAAAUAAAGAAGGCGGCUGCCAAAACGCACGUACACUUAGGAACUCAGGUCACUUUUCCUGAGGAGGAUUCCUGUACGUGUGUUGGAGCGCAUGCUCAAGUGUACGUCCACACGAUGUUCUGUUGCAGGGAUGGAGUAGAUGUGGGCAUACAGACAUCAUUCCACAGAGAUCCUUGCAGUGACCACACGGAGACAAGAGACCAAUGUGUUGGACCCGACGCCAGACCAGGGAAACCAGAGUGUACAGGGUUUCGUGGAUGGGACGGGACGGAAGGAGCCAAGGACAGUCUCCAAGACAUGACGGGCGUGCCGCCAAGUGUGUUUGACCUCCUGCUCUCCCUGCUGCCGCCAAGGUCAAAAGGGAUGUGCUUGGAGAAUUGUUUAAUUUUGUUUCUUAUGAAAUUGCGAUUUGGCUUGCCGUUUUCAUUAUUGGCAGUGAUGUUCUCCGUGUCUAGAACAACAGCUUCAAGAACCUUCCAGGUUGUGCUUGAGAGCCUGUCCAAAGCCACACACGACUGGAUUCUUUGGCCGUCGUCAGCAACAAUCAGAUCUAUGCUACCCUCGUGUUUUUCUGCGUAUCCCAAUGCCCGGUGCAUAAUUGACUGUUUUGAAUUUAAAACAGAGAGACCGCCAACCGUGAAAAGUCAGUUUUUAAUGUAUUCCAGUGACAAAGGGACAUACACCUGCAAAGUUUUGGUCGGUAUAUCUCCACAUGGUUUGAUUUCUUUCUUGUCCCAAACAUAUUCUGGUCGAACAACGGACAGUCAAGUCAUAAUACAAUCCGGAUUUUUAGAUGUACUUGAGCCAGGUGAUGUUAUCGUCGCAGACGAAGGUUUUCCAGAAAUCCAGACAGAAAUUGCUGGAAAACAGGCAAUUGUUGUCAUGCCACCAUUUGCUGUUCCUCACAAAGACUUAAAGUCUGCUUAUAGCAUUUCUUCAGUAAGAGUCCAUGUAGAGCGAGUCAUUCAAAGACUUAGAAGUUAUAGCAUUCUCAAUGGUACCUUUCCCAAUGAGCUACUGCCACACGUAAAUAAUAUUGUUCACAUGUGUGCUGUGUUAGCAAACCUGCAAAGUCCUGUGACGAAAGAUUGAGACAUUGCUUUGUUGAAUUAAGUCAAUGCAUACAGUUUAUUGUACUCUGGAAAGCUACAUUUGGUUGCAAAAAUCAAGUAUGUUUUAAGCCUUAAACGAUUAACUUGUCCAAAAAAACAAAAAAAAAACGCACACAAAAACAUACAACAUGUAGGAUUAAAACAACAACAUGGAUGACAAUUUA